GGCUUUUCAGUCUGUGGAUGACGUUCGUUCGGUUUAGAACUUGUUUGUUCUCGAAGUCAGUGAUCAUCGGUUUGCAAAGCGUGUAUGCGUUUCCCGCAGGAUAGUAGGUAUAGUAACUGUUGUGUGUAGGCGGUUGGGUUGUUAGCUGCCGUCGUCAGGUCAGUUUGUUUGAUCAACAUUAUUUGGGGGUGCGCAAUUUUUGCCGGUCCGUCAGCCGUCCGUCGAGUAUUGGCGCGUUGCAGGUGGUUGGGUGUUGCGUCGCGAAGUGGUUGAAGUGCAUUUGUUGUGUCCAUCAAUCUGGAUCUGAAAAGGGGGCCGCGAUCGGUGGUGUGUGACGAGCAGAACGGAACGCAAGCCAUUUUUGUGUUGUGUUCCUACUGACGACGACGACGACCGCCCGGCCUUUGUGCAUUGUGUUUGGGCUCGGUGCUGUGUGACUAGAAGGAAGUUGAUUGAAUAAUUGCAUUUUUUUGUUUUUGUUUUCAUUUCGCUGGUGGAUUCGUGUGCGUUGCCAAUUCUGCAUCGACAGUGGGAAAGGUGAAUGAUUCAUCGUUUCCGAGUGAAACUAGCAUUCAACGAUCGGUGUUAGACACAGCCCAAGUGUGUGACUGUGGGAAAUAGUUGCAACAACAGAGAGAGAGGAUAACACAAAUAAUAUUCAAGAGUCAAGAAGUGAAGUGGUUUGCGUGAUCAGCGAAGAAGAAGUUUGAUCAUACAGGUGUGCUUUUUUUUGGUAGUGGUGGUGUUAAAGUGGCGAUCGGUGUAGCGAACACGAUGAUCGCGUUCAGAUGGGUUGGUGGUCGUGGUGGUGAUAUUGGUGGGGCUGGUGGUGGAGGAGGAGGGCCAAUUAUCACCACUACAGCGUUUCUGAUGAUGCUGAUGGUGGUAACCGUUGCGUCCAGAACACCGAUCUCGAUGACGUUGGAGGAGCACAUAAGUGAUGAUCCGGAUUUGUCACAGUUCUACGAUCUUAUCGAACGGAAUCCAAUCGCAUCGGCGGCGCUGAAGCUGCGAGCGUUGACCAUCUUUGCCCCGACCAAUCAGGCGUUCCAGCGAUAUCUCGGCAAUAAAACGGUUGUGCUGUAUCACAUCUCGACCGUCGCGACUCCCCUGGAGCAGCUCGGAACGAUGAUAACGUCCGACUACGAUGGAAACCCGCCGAUUUACGUGACCAGGCGGAGACACCUGAACGGCACCGAGGACAUCUACGUUAACAAUGCGAAAAUCAUCCGCAACCGGUCCAACGUACAGCUGACAAAUCAACACGGCAAGAAGCAGGUGCUGCACAUCAUCGAUGACGUACUAACACCACUGACAGUCAAUCCAUCAACCUCGUUCGAGCUGUACAAUCCGGAUGCAUUCCAGUUCAUCCAGCACGCCGAGAAUUUGGACAUCAAUCAACAUCGAAUUCGCUCUUUCCGCCAAAAGAUUGUGAUGGCACGGAAGGAGGACAUUUACAAAGCGGUCGGCGGUCACACUUUCCUGAUUCCAGUUGAGGAAGGUUUCAAGCCACCACCGCGGCCGGACAUGAUUGAUCGUAAAGUGAUUGACGGGCACGUGAUACCGAAUCAUGUCAUCUUCACGGCACCGGCGCCGCUGGAUGAUCCGAUGGAAACGCUGGCAUUCGAAGAUAAUCUCAAAGUGACGGUCACGUUCUUCAAGCAGGGCGAGGGCAAGAAUGCUAAAGUUUACGUCCGGUCAAACACGGUCAUCGGUGAUUCGCGGCAUGCAUCCGGUGCCGUAUUGGCUGAAAUCGUCAAAGCCAACAUACCCGUCCGCAACGGAGUGGUCCAUCUAAUCCACCGGCCGCUGAUGGUGGUUGACACCACUGUGCUACAAUUCCUAGAGCAUUUCAAAACCCACGACUUCUACAGUCACGAUUCGGAAGAAGAUGAUGAAUACUCGAUUUCGUCCAGAACGCCCAAAAAGGAAAAGGAAGACGGACCGCUGUUCAAGUUCUACGAGCUGAUCGCCGAUUUCGCGCCGGACUUUUUCAAAACCAUGGCCAGCCUGCAGCAGAUGACACUGUUCGCACCGAGCAACGAUGCGCUGAGCCAUCCGAUUGUGCACAAUUUCAUUAGUAAUUUAACCCAAAACAUUACUAGAGGUUUUGAUGGAAAUGAACAUUCUGCGGGGAAUCGCGAUAAGCUGCGGGAAAUCCUCAACCUUCAUCUCGUGCGCGACAGUAUCACCACAGACAAAAUCCGCAAGAACAACCAAAAUCAGAUCUACCAAAUCCCGACCGGGGCGGACAAAAAGUUCCUUUACUUUAACGUCAUCAACAACCGGUACGACCACAACCAAACGAUUACGGUGGAGGGCGGUGGCGUCAAUGCAACGAUUACCCUCAGCGACAUUGCCGCGACCAACGGCUAUCUGCACAUCAUCGACCGCGUGCUUGGCAUUCCUUACAUGACCGUCCAGGAGAAGAUUGAAACCGACCCGAUGCUGAACCUUACGUACCAGUUCGGACGUUUGAACCAGUUCAACGAGCAGCUUAACAAAACGACGAAACGCUUCACCUACUUCAUCCCUCGCAACAAGGCCUGGAUGCAAUGGUUCCAGGAGCACCAAGGAGCCAACCUGAACAGUUUCCUGACCGACAUUUAUCAGACUAGAUCCGUGCUGGAGCGCCAUCUGGUAGUAGCGGACCGAGUGUUUACCAUGACGGACCUGAAAAACUUGUCCAACGAUUCGCUCAUCCUGCCAACGGUUGGACCGCAUAACCUCCAGAUCCGAGUGAAGGAAGAGGACCGAAGAUUCUUCAUUCUGUGGAAAGAGACGGGCAAGUGGAUCCCAGUCUUCCGACCGGACGUCGAGUGUACGAACGGCAUCAUCCACGUGAUCGACAUCCCGCUAGUGCGGGACUACGACAUCACAACCAGCGGGAGCAGCAGAAGCAGCUUCGCAACCGUCGCACUGACGCUGGCCAACACGAUCCUGCUGGUGGUCCUGGCAUUCCUUUAAGAAUGUUUCAUGUCUGCCUCAUAGAUAGGAGCUUCGUUUACUACUAUAGAUAUUCGGAAGUCAAACGAAAACAACAACAACAACAACAACAUCAACAACAGAAAGGAGAAAUCCAGCGGCGUUGAGAGACAAUUCAUCCAUCCUAGACUCUGCCGUGGUUCUAUUAUAGGAAUUCGUUCAUUCAUUCAUUCUUGCAUGCUGAUAGAGAGACAAAAACUGUGAAGCGUGGAAAUAAGCAAAAAGACAACUAAGACUAAUAUUAGAUGAUGAUGAUGAUGAUGAAAAUGAUGAUGGAUUAUGUAUUAGCUAGUGACAUCUAUUGAAGGAAAUCCCUACCGUUCAGCAAACAUUUUCCAACACACACGACUGGCAUAGAAAGAGCUGCCCUAGAGAAGGGGGAAAGGAAAAUAUUUUCCUUACUUUUUCGUAGCAUUUUCACAACGGCAUAUGUCGCUAGCCACAAUACAGCCCUCAACUCGGAAUCGUCUGUAUAGAGUGGAUUAAAUCCAGCACUUUUGCUGGUCGUAUUUUCAUCCCAAGCAAACGCAUCAGUUUUCACUCACAGACACAAAUCUUUUAUUUCUUUGUAAUUAGGAAAAUGGUUGCUUUUUUUACGGCGUCUCCACGAAAACCAAAAAAUAGACACAGUAGGCUACUAAAGAAGAAAAACAGCAUGCACAUUAUUUUUUGCGCUUUUCCGCUCACGUUUUCUUUUCGGAUUCAACCACAAUGAGAACACGUAAAGACAAAAUACUGCCGUAUAUAUUAAAUCAGACGAUCGAAUAAAAGCAACAGGAUCUUAAACAGGUAAUUUUCACCGUAUAUAAAAUAGAAUUUAAGCAGAGUUUCAACUUGCAUUCAAACAUAUACAUACUGCGCCAAUAAGUAUUUCCGGUUCAAAUAGUUGCGUCGAGAGACAGCAAUCGGCUCGGAAUCGAAGACGGGGUUUGAUAGCAGUUCGAAUCGAUAGAAGCAGUCGUCAGUAAUUUUCAUUUCACAAAUGUCAUAAACACGUGCGUAAAUCAAAGCAAAAUCGAAGCAGCAAGUCCGAUGUGUAGCUAAAUGAAUGGAACUUUCGAGAACAUUUUGAUAUUAAUUCGAAGGAAUCGUAGUACCCUCUCUUAAUCAAUCUUAUUACUUAUUCUUUUCUGCAGCUUUAUUUUUUAUUUUAAAAAAAUAUGUAAGGCGGUAACAACCCACACGCGUAGAGAAGGGGGUUUUCCAAGAGAGUGUAAAAUCAAAGGCAAUUAUUAUUAUAAUUGCAGACUUGACUUUUCUUGUGACAACCGUUGCAUUGAGUGAUUUGUUGCAAGUGGAAUAACUUUUAUGUACUAUAUAUGAAGACACGGUACGGCGAAUCGAAACAUCAAAGAAACGUACCGGUUAUGUGUUGAUAGAGAUAAUUGAUGGAACAUGUCAGGAAGAUACAACAAAUGGUAAGACAAAAUUUCCUACUCGCUUUAAAACGUGAAAGUAAUUGUGAUUAACCAACUACCCUCAGCUAACUAGCAAUCGCUCAUCGGAUGCUGUCAUUUGCUUCUUCAUUUAAUGCGUUUAACACGACUCGAUGUGUAAGCUUAAUGGAGCUAGAUGUUUUCCUGAUGUUCUAGAUUCCUACUUUCAAUGAAUAAAUGUUGAAAACCCUAGAAUGGUUAACCAACAUUUUUUUAAACUAUAUUGCUAUUUAAUCGAUCGAAAUAAUUUUCACAUAGUGUCAUUUGAGUAAUUUGGAAGUUUUGUUUGUUUUUCCAAGGUGACUAUGAGGAUUAGCUAGCGUCCCAUCAUUCUUGUUUGCGGCAGAGAAUGAGAAAUAUGGAUUAACCCGUUUUGGACGCCAGCCUGUUAUUAGAUCUAAGCACAUCUGCCAGUGCCUGUAGAUGUUUUAUUUAAUAUUUCUAUAAUUUCAUAGACUUCUCGAAAAUUUCAACCAGAUUUUUUGUUCAAAGUUAAGUUUCACAAAAAGUUAAAUAUUUCUAGGUAGAACAGAAAUUUAAAUGUUGCCUCACUUAUUUAAAAGCUCAUUCAAAUAUUGCUUAUUUUACACGCGUGUAUGUUUUCAUACGUACAUGGUGAGGUAUGUGAGGAUUGGAACACAGCUAGAUGGACAAACUAGUGGUUUAGUUGGACCACCUCUUCUCCUUAUGCUGUGAGAUCACUGGAUGUAACUACUUCGGAGGAGCGUUGCGCUCAUGCAUUUACAUCUCUCAAUUCCUAGCUUUUGCUACCAGUUCACCGAUUUCCCUCCUGUUUGUAACUGUACUGUGCACAUUGUGCUAGUCGAGUGUUCGCUAUACUUGCUUCGAUGGAGAAUGUAAUUUGAUGGCAAUUUGUCGGCAUCUCACUGCGCCGCUUGGUGCCAGCAAUUCCAUUCUUGUACGAUGUCCGCUGUUUUUCUGGCUAACUUCUCAUACGCGGGUAAACCGGUAGGACGCCGAGGCCGGUUCGAGAUUCCGAGUAGGGUGAGACUUCGGGUACGCUAGCGUCCCGACAAUCCGAACUCACACCACUCAUCUAGUCUCCGGCGAUGAAUUGACUACAUCGACGGAGAGUUUCCCGAUGAAUCUGUUAUGACCAGUCUCCUUUCAAUUCGAGUAUUCUUCCGUAUGUAGCAUUCCACAUCCUCAGAGUAAUGCAGAUGGGGAUUAUCCCGCCAAUGGUGCAUACCGCCUCCGACAGUAUCGUUAUGUACCCACUCGCGACAAGAUCAGUCAUUAGGCGAAACGUACUUGUCAACUUCAUCCGGUUCCCCCUUGAGUUCAGCGUAGCAGCCCGGAUUUUUUAUUGUGGCUGACCAGCACUACCUCCGUCUUGUGAUUAACCAGCUGCAACCGUGCAGCACUACGACGAUAGCCACUCAGCUAGCGCUGUUGGACACAUUCUUCACCUCGUUCUAUCACUGAAAUCCCUUUUCGGAUCCCAAACUGCCUCUGCGAUAGUCCGUACUCGUUUUCAGCGUAGUUCGCCAGGCUGUUGAGGAUUACCCUUUCCAGAAGUUUUCCAAGAGUAUCCAGCAAGCAUAUAGGCCAAUAUGCUGCUAGAUAUUCUAGUGGCUUCCCUGGUUUUGCCAGAUGCAUCAUCUUCUAGAUCUUCCAUCCAUCUGGUAGGUAGCCUUCGUCGAGGCAUUUCUAUAGUACUGUCCAGAACAUGUCCGGAAGCGCCAGUAACGCGAUCUUCAGUGCCGCUUUGGGGAUACCGUACGUACCAGUAGCUUUCUUCACAUUAAGUCCUUUUUCCACUAUAAGAAACCGGUUGUUGGAGACCAGAUCGUCGCCGACAUUGCCACUGUCUGCUUCCACGUACGAUGUAAGUGGCUAUGCGGUUGGGUCGUACUUCGGUAAGUGAUCCACGAUAGUCUUUGAUUUGUCAGUGCACCUUUCAGUUGGCAUCGUUGGACCAUUGAUCUUGGCCAACACUACACGGUAAGCGUUGUCCCAGGGUCGGGUGCCUUCUUCUCUGCACAGCUCCUUAUAGCCGGUGGACUUGCUCAACGCUAUGUUUCAAAUAGGCUCUGGCCGCUCGGAAUAUCACCUUACACGCACUACUAUCUGAACACGUCUUCUAUCCUUUAGGCAGGCAGCACGGAGGAUACUGAGCCUUUCGCUCCACCAAUACGCCGCACACCGGUAUUUCCUCAGCUCCAAUCACCUUUGCUUCAAAUUCCCUCGAUCGUGUUUCCGACAUGAAUUCCGGUAUAAAGUGUUGUCAGCUCUUGUCGAAUUCCUACUAUGUCGUACUAGUGAGCAAUUCAUGUUAUUCAUCAGCGACGAACUGCAGAAUGUUACGUCGAUGAUGGAUGCGGAAUGUGCUAGCGGAACUGCCUCUUUCGUUGGUCAGCCUGCUACCCCACACCAUGGUCCAAGCGUACGUCUGACUAAGCAAUCCAACAUCCGAUUGUACUGUUCUGGUGUCCACCUUGGGGAUCAUAACAGCUACAUACGAAUGCACCGUUGAUUUUGGCGAUCACAAAGCCUUUGUGUGUACCAUCGACGAUGUCUUGGAUAGGGGAACCCCCAUCACUUGGACUUCCUCCAUCCCUGACAAUGCACCAUACGGCUCUAUAAUAAUUGCAACAUCGCACUUUGUUUCCGUUAUCGACUACCACAAGAGUUGCUGUGCUAUGUCACAAUGAUUGAGAUUAAGCUAUGGAUCAAUGUAUGUAUAUUUGUGUUUUUAAAGUAAGGUUUAAAAAGCUUCAAAAGGCUGAUCUGUAGUGUUUUGACACUGUGUGCGAUUCACUGAAGUGCCCAACCACUAAAAACACUCAUUACUCUUCUUAUGUGCCCCACAAAACUACAUCAAAGUAUAACUUUGGGGGCUCGUUGUGCUUUCAAAGCACCUCUAUCAUUUGCACGAGCUUUCCACCAUUAACUCGGAGCCUCGCUUGAUCAAUCUAUUUAGCGCCCGACUUUCCUCUUACUUUCCGUCAUCCUCUCCAUCUAUUACGUCGUUUCAAUCCUCUUCGUACUUGAACCAUUUAGCCACCUAACUCGGAUAUUCUCCAGCAAUAAAUUAUCGCAAACCAUUUAGCUCCUGAUUCCAUUAGCUAUUUAUCUUCGAUUUCCGUGAGCUUUUUAGAUCCCAGCUUUGUUGCGAUCUAUUCUGAUAGUCCCCGGAGGUGAACUCAGCUUACGCCGACUGAGAGCUCCCCGACGGCGGAAUUUCUCGCGAUACCGAUACCCGCUCAAAUCGUUAAUAGAAAAUGAUAGUGUGCACGAUCACCUGAUCUUUGCUGACGUCCGUGUCCUGUCUAGUUCCGAACGCGGAGAUCCGCUGAUUCCAUGAUUCCGAUGAAAGCCGACGACACUUCCGAACGACCCCGGAAACCUUCCUUUAGAUUCCCCGAUCGGUUACUUCGUCAUACAUAUAUUGCAAUCAAGACCUGGAUCUACGGGGAUUGACGGCUCUGUUUACUCAACUCGACCUUGGGGAUAGUUUGAAAAAAUUUGUCCUGUCUCCCUUCAGAGAUCCACGUCUCGAGCUAGCAUUCUUUCUUCGUUCAGAGAUCCACGUUUCGAGCAUGUCAUUCCUUUCUUCGUUGGUAUUCUGAUCUUUGAAUCUUUGAAACUUGAUGGAGUCGUCACAAAUUGAAUAUUUUGGUAGAUUUUUCACAAAGAAUUUAUAAUUUUGGUAGAAUGAAUUCGUCAGAAUUUUCCCAAAAAUAUAUUGGGCAAAAAAUAUUGGAUUUUUUGUUAAAUUUUGAAUAAAGAAAAGAAUAUAUAUAAGAAAAAAAAAGCACGAACCAAAUUAAAAGGAUGGAAUUUUCCUUCGUCCAACUUUUCGUCUGGUUCAAUUUUAUGGAUUUUGAAAGAGGAUGAUUCACUAAAUCCAAAAGAUCCAAAUGUCUUCCAAAUCGGUUAAAAUUUCCAUAGCUAUGGACCUGGGUAUCCUGUGUAUCAGAAUAUAUUGGCCUAAACGGCACGUUCCCCGCAUGUAGUCGGGGAUUUAUGCUUAGAUCUAAUUUUUCUGGCAUACCCUAUUUAACAGGGCGACCAAAAUGCUUCUACCUGAAUUUGAGUUUUUUUUAAACAAACGGAAACAAAACAAGUUUACCAUAUUUAUUCCCUCCAAUUUUCUCAUAUUGCUGCCUCUGAUUGAUAGCCUGCUCUCGCUGACGGAAAUGCAGAUAGUUUCUGCUGCAUCCGACCGGCCGGGAACACAGCGGUCGAGUUCUCUCGAUGUUAGAAAUAGGUUCUUGACAAUUAGGGAAGUGAGCAUCCCUAGCAACGGAGCGAAUAAUUUUCGCGUCCACCGUAGACACCGUAGGGACCUACCUCAGAAUGAACCUUUGUCCGAACUGCGUCGUUCUCCUUGUCGAUUAACUCUGGAGGUUCGGCUGAUCCUUCAUAGUGAGAACGGUACUGGUGUCACUUGGGUCCUUUUUAUUUAACCGGGGAAGCGAGUGGUUCUUGGCGGUUAGCUUCCCGGUUCGGACUAUAUGCGAAUGCCCAAACCACAAACCGAUACCUUUUGACGGAUUUAACUUGCCAUCGCACGCGAGCACUAAACUUCUAUUACGAUGGCGGGGAACUGUCCUAAAAAGGAGAAAGAAAUUUCAAACGUAGUGGUCAGACACUUUGUGCCCAAACUUCGAUAACCGUUCCUACACAAUGUAAAUGUCACUCAUCGUUCCGCGAUUUCAGCACACCUAUCGAGAGUAAGGGAGAAUUGUGGUCCAUCUAAAGCUAUAUUAUUAAUUCACGAAUGUCAACCAAAAAUUACUACACCUAUCUAGAUCGACGGAACCGUCCACAAACGCAAACAAACAACAACAAAUUGUGAGCGGUGCAGAACAGCGGUGAGCAUUUUGUUGUGUAAACAAAUACACUCUAGGAACUGUAUACACAAAAAGAGAUAUAUUUCCACUCAGUGCUAAACUGUUACCCUGAUGAGCUACACCUGUCGGCCUGUUUUCUUUUUAUUGGACACACAACCGUUAAUCUGUAGGCUGUCGUCGAUUCUGAAGUAGCGAAAUGAGAAGCCUCCGAUCAGACAGGAUUUGGUCGAACCAACCGAAAACACACCAUUCCGUACGGAUUGGAAUAUUCGGAACUGUAAGUCGCUUGGCUUCCAGGAGUUAGACCGAAUUCUGCACGACGAGCUGCAAACUUGCAACUUCGCGGUCAUAGCAUUGCAGGAACUUUUCUUGACGGAACAGAAGGUGUGAAAAAGCAGGCAUCCAGCAGCCACAUUUUACUAGAGCGGCCGCGUAACUAUCGAACUGAGCUUUACAAUACUGGACAAAAUUCGCCCACGUUUGAUCAAGUAACAGCGAGAGAAUGUGUGUAGCGAGAAGCAAAUGUCCGUUUUUUCAACUACCGUAUUACAAACGUUCACAAAGCGAGACCCGGGAACGAGAAAGAUGCAGUAACUGUAGCGUGUCUACGACAGCUGCUUGCAACGGGAUGUAAAGCUCAUUUAGGCGCCAUGAUCGCCCAAAUAUGUUAACAAGCAAUAUACAAACCGGUGAUCGAACCGGACAAACUACAUUCUGUUACGAACGACAACGACCAACGAUGCAUGAACUUCACAGCCUUCCAAGAAAUACUAGUACGAAGCACAUUCUACCCCACAAUGGCUACCUAGAGAUUACCAUAUUCUAAUCAACAGUCUUCUUCGACACUACAAGCGUUCGCGCCUACCGCAGACCACUAACUGGUAACGAUCUGCACUCAAAACAGUCAAUGGCAAGGAAGCCGAGGCUCAACAUCUAACAGUUACGAUCGUGGAGGAAUACGUGCAGCAGCUGGAAACUGUACUACUAAUGCAAGAACUGGUCAGCGUGGCUACUGGUUGAAGCAACAUAUUGGUAGCCCUACUGAGUUGAAGAGAAAAAUACAGAAUACGCGAGGAUGCUGCAGUUUCGUACGAGGGUGAACGAGGAAUUAUACAGAAAAGCGCGUAUGAGAUAAAACUCCGACGAAAAAAGCAGAAACAGGUAGACCAUGAUAACGAGACGAUGAAGCGGCGAUAAUGAGACGUUCACAAAUCGUUCUUGCGAAGGCUAUUUGCCACAAGUCGAUGUGUGUAGAGAUACCAGGAAUGGGAACCUUUUAACGAACGAGUUUGAUGUGAUCGAUAGGUGGAAGCAGUGUGCUGCGGGAACCAAGGGGAUGACAAGGAUAUGGCGAUGUACAGGCUUCAACAGUCGUCACCAUAUGGUGGGCCUAGCUUUGCCCGUUCACAUUGGGCUGCUUUGAUUUUUACAAAGGCAGAUGUUGAUUCUUUUUGGUAAUUCCGAAAAGCAACAGUAUGCAAACAGUGUUUGUAAUUAUAUCCGUUUCGAUAUUUCGUUAACCGUCCACGGAUCUUCUUGAUUCGCUAGUUGGUCACUUUUCAACUGGACCAAUUUUUGUAGAUUGACCGUUUUUCAGCUUAAAGUAACGUCGCAUCAAAAUCUAAUUUCAUAUUGACUUUGAUAUUCAAAAAAAAAACAAAGAAAGACUUUUCUACGGCUUAUGUACGGCCACGUCACAUGACACAAACACUACAUCAAAACUUGGUGAAAGAUAAUAAACAACGACUGUUAAGGCAAAUUUUAUCAACCAAGAAAAUGUGUUCCUGAGAAGACAAGAACUCAAUUAGAGAUUUAUUCGUUAGUUAUUCUUCCGAUCGGCGUUAAAAUGCGAAAUCUCAGCGCGCGUACUUUAAACGUCAAUCAACUCAAUAGUAACAUCUAAGGUACCAACUGUUAGAGGGCUACUUUUGGUCAAUCAGGUUACUUUACAACUUACGAGUAGAUUAUGUCUUACUUUUGUUUUCCAACCGCAUGAUACGAUAUCGUGCAAAUACAUGCCAAUCUCCUACCAAGUACUGCGAACAUAACAUUGCACAUUGUUCCGAUGAUAUUUAAACAUGUUGAAACAACCCAGUUAUUAAAAUAACAAAUGUGUUCCACAAUUUAAAAGUUAGAAACUAAAGUUAUCUGCCAAGUGACCUAAAUCAAGACAAAAUCAUAAAACAUUUGUUCGACCUAACCUCAAUCAGUUAGUGUGCCUUAUUGGAGAAAAUGAUUAAUUGAUAGAAAAUUAUAGCAAUGUUACGACUUCUUUCUGCAUACCGCACCCUUUUUCAAUUCAGAUCAGACAUUGGAAAGGACAUUGGCGUUUAUUUGCAAAUCAAAUUAAAAUUUAUUAAAAACUAAUGAAAAUGAUUCGCAGAGCUUUUCGCAAAAUUAUUACGAGAAAAAAAAACAAAAAAGUGAACAAAUGAAUAUGACAAAUUUGUUUGAAACCUAGUUUAAGUACACUUAUUGCCUUUUCAUAUGGAUAACAAGAAAAUUAUGAAAGAUAAUAAGAUUGAAUCAUGAACUAUUUUAAUGUGAGAUGGUAAAGUUUAACGUCACUAAUGAAGAAAAUUGCGAAUUACAAAAGUAUUUUGAAUACAGACUGUAAAGUACGUAUUCCGAAAAAAAACCGUAUUUUUGUUAGCCCUCACGAUUCUUAUAUUCUAUACUUUAUUGAAACGUGGUGAGAUCUAUGUAUGUUUUGUGCUAGAUUAUUUAGGGGCAUUUGCCUCUACUGGUAGAUUACAAAGACUCUGAUAUUUAUGCUAAAGACGCUGAUGCACAUAAGAAAGUAUGUUUAAGAGCUAUAUAUUUUUAAAACGUACACGUGUUAGUUGAGUUAGUGCUAUUUUCUAUAUUAUGUCUAAUAGUAAUAAACCAAAAAUCUAGCUGAUUGGUACGAAGGGUAAAUUUUGUGUAGUUUCAGAACAUAUUGCUUGCAGUCGUACAUACUCGAUUGUUAUGAAAAGCGGAUUGUGGCAUUUCAUAACAAAGCAUGUAAAAAAAACAUUGAAGCGCUAAUACCAACCUACCAAUAAAAACAGACGGUUCAUCCAUUUUCUAGUUCAAAAUGUAGCGUUACACUUUUUAGAUAUCUGGAAUGAAUGGCAAACAAACAAAACAAAACAAAAACAUCGUAUAGGUAAUGAGACUAAAUAAUUGAACAAACAUUGUUACGAACAUACAAAAUGACAAAACAAUACACGAACAAUCGAGUGGUGAAGGUCGAAAAGUGAAACAAGAGUAGAAAACAAAUCGAGUUCGUAGGAAAGCGAUUGUAUAAAUUAUCUUGUAAGUCUAACUCAGUAUAGCACUAGAGAUUCGAUGUAGAUAAAACAAAACACAAACAUCAACUCUAUACACAUUCAAAAUUGUGCGGAAACAUACCUUACCCGAGACUAUGUGAAUCAAAUGAAGCGAUAAUAAACUAUUCAUAAAACUAA